UGUCUCUCAACCUCCGACCCUGUAUAGUGUAUUCCUCAUCCUCUCCGGUACGGCGAAGCCAUAACACAACCCGUGUGAUUACGCUGUAUGGCUUUGCCAUCUGAAUCGCAUCGUAAUCACAACAAAGACAUAUCCAACUUCUUUCAAUCCACUGCUUCGAGCUUCGUUUCUCUCUUCAACCCCCCAAAAUUCUCUCCUCCGCCGCCGCAACCAACUUCUUCCUCAAUCUCUCCCUCCAGAAUCUGCUUUCCUCUUCUAUUCGCCGACUCCUCUAAACCUCCUGUCGAUUCCACUAACCAUGACUCGCUCUCCUCCUCCAAUUCCACAAUCAAGGGUGUGUCGUCAGCGGCUGAGUCCAACUCGGGAUUUCCGUCGACGGUCAGGGUUUCAGGGUUGAACUCCAGUCAAAAGGGUGGUGGACCCGCCUUCGUGGGUCAGGUAUUCAGCAUGUGUGAUCUUUCUGGUACUGGUCUUAUGGCUGUGUCUACCCACUUUGACAUCCCCUUCAUCUCAAAGAGAACACCUGAGUGGCUGAAAAAAAUGUUCGCCACAAUCGUGAAGAGUGAAAGAAAUGGCCCCAUAUUUCGUUUUUUUAUUGAUCUAGGAGAUGCAGUUUCAUAUGUCAAAAGGCUGAAUAUUCCAAGUGGUGUGGUGGGUGCUUGUCGAUUGGAUCUAGCAUAUGAACACUUCAAGGAGAAACCUCAUUUGUUCCAAUUUGUUGCAAAUGAGAAGCAGGUUAAAGCAGCCAAUAAACUUCUAAAGACAAUGCCACAAAAUGGCAUGGGCAAAAAGGUGGAUGGGGUGCCGGUUUUUAGUGCACAGAACUUAGAUAUUGCGAUAGCAACUACAGAUGGAAUUAAAUGGUACACUCCCUACUUCUUUGAUAAAACAAUUCUUGAUAACAUUCUUGAAGAAUCUGUUGAUCAACAUUUCCAUGCUUUAAUACAAACUCGGCACAUGCAGCGCCGGAGGGAUGUGAUUGAUGACAACAUAGCAGCAGAGGUGAUUGAAGAGAUGGGAGAUAGUUUAUGGGAGCCUCCAGAAGUUCAGGAAGUGUUAGAUGAAAUGGGCCCUCCUAGUAUACCACUAAGUGUUAUUUCGAAGGCUGCAGAAAUACAAUUCCAUUAUACUGUUGACAAAGUACUACUUGGUAAUAGGUGGUUGCGGAAAGCAACUGGCAUACAACCAAAAUUUCCAUAUAUGGUUGACUCAUUUGAGAAAAGAAGUGAAGCUUCUCUUCUUAGAGCCUCAGAGUCAAACAGGCGCCUUCCUAAGUCUGAAGUGGAAGAUAGCCGUAAAGAUGGUGAAUUCGUUGGCCCUUCUGACUACAACUUGAGAAAUAAUACUCGGGCAAUUAAGGAGACUCAGCCAAAACCUAGGCUACCUUUUCUUGACUGGUUUCAACACUUAUGGCCAAGGCAUAGGCAGCAAAAAGAAGGCUUAUCAAAGAAAGGCGUGGAAGAGGAUCCUAAACAAAAUCCUUUUCUUCCCAAGAUUACAAUGGUUGGUAUCUCUACAGAGGAAUCUGGCCACAUGAACAGAGCAACUUUGAAGAAGACAAUGGAGGAUCUAACACGAGAGUUGGAGAAGACUGAACAUGCUGAUGCGUCUGGUGUUAAUUGUAGUGAGGGCAAAUUAGAAGAGAAGGAUCCUCUGUUUGUAGCAAAUGUUGGUGAUUACUAUUCUGGUAUGGCGAGGACAGGAUCUACUCGAUGGAUUCGUGGGGAAACAACCAAACCCCAUCAAGAAAGUAAGUUCUGACGAUAUCCUUAAGAAGUGGAAGAUCGUACUACCAACCAACGCAUGAUAAUAUAUUCUGCUAAAGAGCUGGGGAUUUCCCUUUUUGUAUUGUCUACCAUAAGCCAAUAAGAUAUCUGAGUUUCACAUUGAGCCAUGUUGUACGUAAGAUGCAUGUCAUUGCUACUGCAGUGUUGUUUAGUCAGCGUUAAUAUUAACUUGAUCUUUGAUCAAUGCUGUAAAUGACUCUGGGGAAGUCUUAAUGUUGACCAUUUUGCUAACUUUAAGAAGUAAAGAAUUAUUACACUUUGUUUUUGUG